UAUUCUCGACGGCCGUGUCCCGCAUGAUUUCGAUCGGCUGCUGGAGCGAAUCGGUUCGAUUCCCCGUCUGCCGAGCUUUGGCCCGGCUCGUUCCUUGCCUUCGUUCGUCGUAUUUUUUCUCCACCACUUCCUUCGUAUUUUUCUCUCUUCCUCCCUACACGGCCACUGCCAGUCCACCACAACCACGUCCCCGCCGUCGUCGUCGCGCUUCCCCCGCGCGUGUCCCGGUGCCGCUGCUGGGUGCGCCCGCGCCCGCGCCCGCGCGUUGCCGUGAAGCUGCUUGCGCGCGCCGCCGCCACCACCUGCCCGCGUGGGUUGCAAGGCAAGCGGCAGGCUGGGACGGGGGCCGGAGGGAAGCCGACGACGCGGGAGGAAGCAGGAUAAGGGCGGCCGCGGCACGCGCUCGAGCGGCAUAAGCGAAGCAGGCUGCGUCUAGUUCGAGCGGUGGACUGCUGCCAGGGGAUCGCUCGCUUCGGAGGAGGAUGUCGCAGACAGGGGAGGCGCAGGUGCCGCUGUUGCAGACCGAGGAGGCGGACGUCGAGUGGAGCUCCAAGCCGCGCCGCAUUGCUCUCUUCGUCGAGCCGUCGCCUUUUGCUUACAUUUCCGGCUACAAGAAUCGGUUUCAGAACUUCAUCAAGCAUCUACGAGAGAUGGGCGAUGAGGUAUUGGUGGUGACUACACACAAGGGAGCUCCUGAGGAGUUCCAUGGAGCAAAGGUCAUUGGCUCGUGGAGUUUUCCAUGUCCUCUGUACCAAAAUGUUCCACUCUCGCUGGCAUUGAGCCCCAGAAUAUUUUCUGAGGUGAAUAAAUUCAAGCCGGACAUAAUCCAUGCGACCUCACCUGGAAUUAUGGUUCUCGGCGCUCUGGCUAUGGCAAAGAUGAUAUCAGUUCCAAUGGUGAUGUCUUAUCACACACAUCUUCCAGCGUACAUACCAAGAUAUAAUUUAAAUUGGUUACUUGAGCCCACGUGGAGUUUUAUAAGAUGCCUCCACAGAUCAGCAGAUCUUACUCUGGUUCCUUCGGCAGCUAUUGCUGAAGACUUUGAAACUGCUAAAGUGGUACCAGCAAACAGAAUACGGCUUUGGAAUAAGGGUGUAGAUUCUGAAAGCUUUCAUACUAAAUAUCAGAGGCAUGAAAUGCGUGUCAGAUUGAGUGGUGGUGAACCAGAAAAACCAUUGGUAAUACAUGUGGGCCGUUUUGGGCGUGAAAAAAAUUUGGAUUUUCUGAAAAGGGUUAUGGAGAGGCUCCCAGGAGCAAGGAUUGCCUUUGUUGGAGACGGGCCAUACAGGGCUGAGUUGGAAAAAAUGUUCAUGGGCAUGCCUGCAGUUUUUACUGGAAUGCUCCAAGGCGAGGAGCUCUCACAAGCUUACGCCAGUGCAGAUGUAUUUGCAAUGCCUUCAGAGUCUGAGACCCUCGGGCAAGUAGUGCUGGAGUCCAUGGCUUCUGGAGUCCCAGUUGUCGCUGCUCGUGCUGGAGGGAUACCUGAUAUAAUACCCAAGGACAAGGAGGGUAAGACAAGCUUUUUGUUUACACCCGGAGAUCUCGAUGAGUGUGUGAGGAAGAUAGAGCAGCUCCUCAAUUCAAAAGAUCUCAGAGAAACCAUUGGAAAGGCUGCCAGGGAAGAGAUGGAGAAGUGUGACUGGAGAGCAGCCUCGAAGAAAAUUCGCAAUGAGCACUACAGCACUGCAAUAUCAUACUGGCGGAAGAAGAUGGGCAAAACUAACUAGGCUUCCUUGUUCCGGAUUCUUCUGUCGCUGCCCUCUCCAACUAGUUGCUGUUAUAACCAAAGAAUUUGUACAUUGUACCCAAACAGCUUGCGAGUUUGUGUGGCUAGCUGCAUUCAAAUGUCUACAGUUUGACUGACUGGCUUGUAUGCAAUUCAUGUACAUUAGACAUCACUUAAGAUUGCCGAUCUGCUAACUCAGAAGGUUUAACACAAAUGCUCCAAUAAUUACGAAGUAUUGUCGCA